AUGUCUCCCAACGACCCCCACCCCUCCACCACCACCCCUCCGUCACCCAGCAUCCCUGACAAAGGUUCCUCCAUCACCGACCUCCACCUCCACCUCCACCUGAGCAUGAUGCGAGUGCUUCUGGAGAGCAGCUGGAUGAAGUUUGGACCUGCAGGAAGAGGCUCGUACGACUGGGUGACAGGCUCGCCGUCAACACAGGACAAACAGGGGCGAAGCUGGAAUGAGCUGGACCUGGGAGACGACAGAAAGACAGAGCUGGUGGUCUACGUGGUCCUCCCCAUCGUCUCAGUCCUGCUCUUGGCUCUCCUGGUGGGUCUGAUCUACCGCCGGUGUUCCCGCAGCAAACUGAGCCUGGCCGACAUCAUCGCUCUGGACCUCCAGGACGCCGAAAGCAGCGCCGAGUUCCUCUCCUCCCUGACCAGGAACGCAGAGCGCCACACCAGCACCAGCUCAGACGGAUCGGACGGGGUCUUCGUCAUGGUCUACCUGCCCCCGCCCUACGAGGAAACGCUCACCAAGAUCACCCGAGCAGCCAGCCUCUCCAGCUCCAAAGACACGGAGUCGAUAAAGAUCGAAGACCUGGAGGCCAAGCUGUGUCCGGAGCUGAAGGCCAGCGGCAGAUUCGUGUAACGCUGAGUCGACGUGCGGCGAUGAAAGACUUUAUAACUCCAAUAUUUGGUGGUUUAGAACUCUGUUACACUCAACCAGCUCUACACAGCUUUCAGCCCCUUUUAUCUCAUAGUUUUGAUUCUUUGCUUUGUCCGGUUCACUCUCUCCACUCUCAUAAACCUUGUUUUCAGCAAAGCAGGCACCAGCUGUCAUCACACAGAGUUAAACCCACUGUUCUCUACCCACAUAGGAGCACACAGGAGGCCCACAUCCAGCAGCUACACACAGAUAUUUCAGGGAGCGUGGAUCACACUGAGGAGCAACAUACAAUCAUUGGACUCACAUUUAUCAAAACACACCUCCAAUGGGAUGAUGAUGUUUCUCUGUGUCUGUUGGAUUGAUCAAAUGUAAAUGUCUGUGUGUCUACUUGUUUUGGAUUUCUGCCUGUAGUGUCUAAAUAUCAAUAAAAGUGGUUUUAAUUGA